CGCAACAGUGACGUCGAAUGUAAGUCAGCAGGUCAGUGUUUACAUCCAGUCUUAAACUAGCGUUGAGUGAGGCUGCACAAAAAGCCCGGAGAAAACAUUGGCGAGGACACUGUUAAACAAAGAAAUUAUCGUCCCUAAAGAGACCCGUCAGCGGUUAAAUAAUCACGUUGACCUUUAGGCCUGUGCUACAGAGACGCUGACACAUGCGAUUCAAAUCCAGUUGAAAUGUUUUCAAGGCUUUUGGGGCUUUUCUUUCUUUCCUGGUGUUAAUUUUUGGUUUCCAGCUCUGUCAGCCUAUUUUUCUGCAAGCCAACGCAGAAGAACUUGCUCUGAGUAACACUGUUGCCCCAAGAAGAUGGGUGGAGCUGUUAGUGCUGGUGAAGACAAUGAUGAGCUGAUUGACAAUUUAAAAGAAGCCCACUAUAUCCGAUCUGAACUUGUGGAGCAGGCAUUUCGUGCAAUUGAUAGGGCAGACUAUUACCUGGAAGAGUUCAGAGAGAAUGCCUACAAAGAUUUAGCCUGGAGACAUGGAAACAUUCAUCUUUCAGCACCAUGUAUUUACUCAGAGGUUAUGGAAGCUUUAGACCUGCAGCCAGGUUUAUCUUUCCUUAACUUAGGAAGUGGGACAGGAUAUCUCAGUACUAUGGUGGGACUCAUUUUAGGUCCAUUUGGUGUAAACCAUGGAGUAGAGUUACAUGGAGAUGUUAUUGAAUAUGCUUAUCAGAAGCUAGACACUUUCAUCAAAACAAGCGAUAGCUUUGACAAGUUUGAGUUUUGUGAACCAUCUUUUGUGGCUGGUAACUGUCUAGAGAUUACUCCUGGAUGCCGCCAGUAUGACAGAGUUUACUGUGGAGCCGGGGUCCAACGAGAACAUGAAGAGUACAUGAGAAGCCUAUUAAAAAUUGGGGGAAUCCUAGUUCUUCCACUGGAAGAGAAGUUAACAAAGAUCACACGCACAGGUUCCAACACAUGGGAAACCAAAAAAAUUAUAGCUGUCUCGUUCGCUCCACUUGUCCAACCAAAAAACAGGAGUUCAGAAAAAACAAGAAUUGUUCCUCUUCCAAUUCUUGAAGUCCGGACAUUACAAGACCUGUCACGAAUUACAAUCCGACACACUUUAAAACUAAACUUAAACCAAGAUAAAGUAAAAAGUGGAAGUCUGACCAAGUAUUCUACUAAGUUUAAGCGAAAGAGAAUGUAUCGUCGACGCAUGGAUUCUGUUCUUUUAGCAAACAAGCAUAUGUUUGUUAGUCGUGUAAUCCCAAGUACAAUGGACAACAACAACAAUUGUGAUCAUGUGGAUGAAGAUCGUCUUGAAGAGGAUGAAGAAGCUGUGGAGGACCGAGAGCAGUAUGAUCUUAAACCUGAUCCUCCCAUUAACCUAUUAAGAGAGAAGGUCUUGAGUCUACCUCUCCCUGAGCCCCUUAAGUUGUACCUACUUUAUUACAGGGAGAAAUAACUUACUGUUCGUUUGUUAAAAAGUGUGAAAGACGUUCCAACAAUAAACAAAAAAGAUAUGUAAUUUAUAAACAGGAAAUGCUUCAGCAGUCUCCUGCAUUAGUCUCUUUAACAUUUCUCACCUUAAAAUGAUGUGCAUUUCAAUACUUUUUUAUAUUAAAAUACUAUACUUUUUAAGAUUUUUUGUGUAGCAGAAAGUAGUGAUUGAUGCUAUUUUAGCUUGGUAAAAUAAACCUAUAUAUAUCAUUUUAAAAUAGUAUUUAACAUUAAUUGUCCUAAUUGUUCAGUUAUUCUUUAAGUCAGACCUACCAAAUAUUCCAUUCACUUUUGCUGUUGUUGGAAACAUCAAGAACUUCAAGGCAGUACCCAGAGUUUAUCAAAAUUGUAAAGAAAAAGAAAACUUUUCUGACAUAUCGGAAUAUUUUGUUUCAAUUAUAAUGAAGCAUUCUGAAUGUGUAGCAUAUUUUUUCCAUAUUUAGCAAAAUGUCAGUUUUCAUUUUGAAUUUUCUAAGAUUUUUGUGUUUUCAUUUCAUUCAUUCACAUUUGGUUGGACAUUUUAUGGUUUAUAAGUUGCUUAACAGUGCCUAUGUGUUAAUAAAAUUUAAACUAAUUUAUUAACAUUAUGAAGAUAUCAAAAAAGAAAGCUAAAUUUUAGAGAGCUAUUUUAUUCUUAUUUUCUUUAGUAGGAACCUACAUAGCAAGUAAUGAAAAACAAAAUUAUUUUUUCUAAAAUGUUUUUCAGGGAAGAAAACUGUCAUUUGUUCAUAAUAUGAUAUUAGAAAGCAGAAAGUUUAGCAUCCUCUUCAAAUACUAUGUUUGUCAGUUGCUGCUGUUUGUGAAAAUUAAAUUCAAGUAUUAUUUA